CCGGUAGGCUCCGAUCUCCCGCCAUUUCUUCAACCGGACACUUUAUCCUAUUUGCUUCUGCGACGGAUGAUCUCGGAUCCGCGGUGAAUCUGGAUUUCGGAAGAGCGCCAUGCACGCGUUCCUAACGCACUGGUGAUUAAGCAAGCGCUCGAGCUAAGUGCGCACGCUCAGAGGAUUUAGAAAGCGCGCGCGCGCCAUAGUGCCCAGAGUUUAGCUCCUCGCUACCGGGCCGCGACUCACCGAAACUCGGCGUCUUUUUACUCCCUCAGACGCGCUGCGUGCGGUUCUUUAUAGAGCAGACGGACGGAUUAUGGUAAACUCAUAAAAGUCGGGCGGAUUGAAGAAUCAGAAGAUCAAUCUAUUGCCUGAAGCGUCACUGUUAUUGUUAUUUAAGCUGAGCUAGGCUAGGCUAGGCUAGGCUAACUCGGUGAAGCUAACCGUGUGUGUGUGUGUGUGUGUUGAUGUCGGGAAACGGCGCUUUGUCUAAGCUAAGCUAAGCUAAGCUAGGCUAACUCAGUGUAGCUAACCGUAUGUGUGUGUGUUGAUGUCGGGAAACGGCGCUUUGUCUCUCAGCUCUGUCUGUUAUCGGAUUACAUGUUCUCGCUGCCCUUGGUUUUAACACAACGUACGACUGAGAUUUAGUGAUUAAUAAACUGCCGGGAUGGCGCCGCUGCUCGGACGGAAGCCGUAUCCGCUGGCUAAGCCGCCUGCCGAAGAUCCCAACCCGGGAGAGCCGCUGUACAUCAUCCCUCACACCAAGGAGGCCUUCACCAACAAAGAAGAGUACGAGGCCCGAAUGCAGAAGUACAGCGAGCGUGUCUGGACGUGCAAGAGCACAGGCAGCAGCCAGCUUACGCACCUGGAGGCCUGGGAGGAAGAGCAGGAGGUCACCGAGCUGCUCCAGGAAGAAUACCCUGUGUGGUUUGAGAAGCCAGUCCUAGAGAUCGUGCACCACAACACGUUGUCUCUAGACAAACUGGUGGAAAAGGCCUGGUUAGAGGUCCUUACUAAAUUCGCCGUGGGCGAGGAGUGCGACUUUCUGCUGGGAAAAGAUAAAAGUCUGCGGGUGAAGGUGGUGAAGAUCCAUCCGCUGGAAGCCGCGCAGGAGGAACAGACGGAAAAAAAGUUGGAGGGAGCUUGCGACUCCCCCUCUAGUGACAAAGAGAAUGCCAGCCAGGAGAACCAGAAGAAAGAGCCGCCCAAAGAGGAGGAGAACAGAAGGGAGAGCCUCUGUGAUCGGGCGCGUCGCUCCCCCAGGAAACUUCCCACCACUGUGAAGGAGGAGAAGAAGAAAUGGGCGAUGCCUAAAUUCCUACCCCACAAAUACGACGUAAAGCUCCUGGACGAGGACAAAGUGAUCAGCGACGUCCCCGCCGACAGCCUGUUCAGAUCGGAGAGGCCCCCUAAUAAAGAGAUCAUGCGCUACUUCAUCAGGCACUACGCGCUCAGGCUGGGCAUGGGAGAGAGCGCCCCCUGGGUGGUGGAGGACGAGCUGGUGAAAAAGUUUAAUCUGCCCAGCAAGUUCAGCGACUUCCUUCUGGAUCCGUAUAAGUUUCUGGCAGAAAAUCCUUCAUCCAAGAGAAAGAGUCUGAGCUCUCCCGAAGGAAAACCCAACAAGAAGCUGAAGACGUCAGAUGAUCCGGACGGCAUCGGUGAAAAAGGAGAGAAGGAGAAAAAGAAGAGAAAAAAGCGAGACUCUCUGAACAUGCCCCUGAGCCCAACACUCUGGGCUAAUAUGCAGGUUAAGAACUUAAACGGCUCUCCACUGCAGAUGAAGAACUCGGGCUCUUCCAGAAAAUCUGAGAACAAGAAACCCGACGGCAGGAAGAGGCACAAGAGCGGCGGAGCCAAGGCGCCGAAAGGCUCCAAAAAAGAUCCAAAGAAGCCCAGGAUGAAGCAGAUGACUCUCCUGGAUCUGGCGAAGAGUCCCUCCGCUACAGGCAGUCCUAAAAAGCGAGCGCGGAGCUCUGGGCCUGGCACGCCCAAGCUUGGCAAACCUCUGCCACCCAUGGCCCUACAUCUGCUGCGCUUCUAUAAGGAAAACAAGGACAAAGAGGACAAGAAGAACGCCUUGUCUCAGUUGGUGUCCAGGGCGGCGAAGGCCCUGUCUGCGGAAGACCGCGGGCGUCUGCCCGAUGAGCUGAGGGAGAUCGUGCAGAAGAAGUGGGAGCGUCUGGAGGAGAAGCGGCGCUGGGCCCUCAUGAGCGAGGAGGAGCGUCAGGAGGCGAUGCGCAAGAAGCGUGAGGAGCUGAAGGAGAAGCUGCGUGAGAAGGCGAAGGAGCGGCGUGAGAAGGAGCUGCAGCUCCGGCGCGAGCAGCAGAAGCGUUUCGAGGAUCAGGAACUCGCGGGAAACAGCCUGCCCACGUUCCGACUGGUGGACAUGCCCGAGGGUCUUCCUAACGCGCUGUUCGGCGACAUCGCCAUGGUGGCGGAUCUUCUUCACUGCUAUUCCGAUCUGCUCAUGCCUGACGGGCUGUACCCGAUCACAGCUCAGGCGCUCAUGGAAGCCCUGGCAUCCGACAAGGGCGGCUUCCUGUACCUCAACCGCGUCCUGGUGGUCCUGCUGCAGACGCUGCUCCAGGACGAGCUAGCCGAGUAUUACAGCGAGCUGGACAUGUCGCUCUCGGAGAUCCCGCUGACGAUGCACUCCGCGUCGGAGCUGGCGCGCCUGUGCCUCCGGCCGUCGGACGCGCAGGGCGGCGAGAGCAACGCCGGCUCCGACGAGUGGCACGGCGGCGGGUGCUACGACGGCGUGGUGAGCCCCGAGCUCCUAGAGCGACUCGAGACGACCGAGGUGUUCGAGCUGGCGCCGGCCGAGAAGGUGAGCCUGCUGGUGGCGCUGUGUCACCGCAUCCUCAUGACCUACUCGGUGGAGGACCACGUGGAGUCCAUGCAGCAGCGAGCCUCCGAGCUCUGGAAGGAGCGCAUCGCCACGCUCAAGGAGGCCAACGAUCGCCGCCGAGCCGAGAAGCAGAGGCACAAAGAGCAGAUGGAGUCCAAGGGGCAGGACGCGGCCGGGAAGACCGAGAAGAAGAAGGAGGCGAGCGUCAAGAAAGACGAGCCCCAGGCGAAGGUCGAGCAGGAGGACAUGAUCAGCACGGUGAAAAGCCGCCGGCUCAUGUCCAUCCAGGCUAAGAAGGAGAAAGAGGAAAUGGAACGACAGAAUAAAGAGCGUAUGGAGAAGGAAGCCGAGGAGGAGCGGCUCAGGAAGCAGAGCGCCGCGGCGGAGCGGGCGUUCCUCGACGGCGUCGCCAAGGCCAAGCUGGUUUUGAGGAGGGUGCCUCUCGGCACUGACCGCAACCACAACCGGUAUUGGCUCUUCUCCGACGUGGUUCCUGGGUUGUACAUAGAGAAAGGCUGGGUGAAUGACAGCAUAGACUACAGCUUCACUCCUCCUCCUCCUCCUGCUCCCGAGUCCGAGCCGGCGCAGGGGGAGGACGACGAGGACGACGAGGAGACGGAGAACGGUGAGAAGGAUGAUGAGAGAAGUAUAUCCAGCGCCACUGAGAAUGGGCAGCAGGGGGCUCCAGCUUUUGAGACGUGUGCAGAAACCACGGUGCCCAAACAGGGUCAAAACCUCUGGUUUGUGUGCGACUCUCCGAAAGAUUUAGACGAGCUUAUAGAAAACCUUCACUUGCAGGGUGCCCGAGAGAGUGAACUUAAACUCAAACUCAAAUUCAGGUACCCGGACAUCGUGCACUCCGUUCACCUCGGCCGAAAGGCAAACGCUGGCCUGCGCACCUGCGAUGGUCACGAGGAGCUUCUUAAAUACCUGCGCAGUGACAUCAUCGAGGUGUCGUCUCGCCUGGAGAAGGGUGGGCUGGGCUUCAUGGAAAACACGGCUGAGUUUGAGGAACAAGUGCGAAAUCUGGAGAACCUGAGGGACCUCGGUGAGUGUGUGGUCACGUUGCAGAGGAGUGUGGUUAAGAAGUUUCUCCAGGGUUUCAUGGCUCCCAAACAGAAGAAAAAGAAGAAGCAGUCCGGGGAGGAGAGUGUGAAGGCUGAGGAGGUGGACGAGGAGAAGGUUCUAGCUGAGGAGGCCAGGGUGGCUACAGCGGUGGAGAGGUGGAACGCCGCUAUCCGUGAAGCUCAGACCUUCUCCCGCGUGCAUGUUCUCCUGGGGAUGCUGGAUGCCUGCAUCAAGUGGGACAUGUCUGCGGAGAACGCCCGCUGCAAAGUGUGUCGCAAGAAAGUCGGCGAGGAGGACAAGCUGAUCCUGUGUGACGAGUGCAACAAGGCCUUCCAUCUCUUCUGCCUGAGGCCGGCGCUCUAUCGCAUACCCGAGGGAGAGUGGCACUGCCCAGCCUGCCAGCCGACCACUGCCCGCCGCGGCUCUCGUGGCAGAAACUAUAACGAGAACUCGGACGAGGAGGAAGACGACGAUGAGGAGGAGUCGGAGGAGGAGUCGGAGGAGGAAGAUUCCGAGGAGGAAGAACGGAGGAACACGGGGCACAGCUUACGGUCCAGGAAGAAGAUGAAGUCGUUUACGCGGCCCAAAGACAAGUCCAAGUCGGGAUCCAAGAAAAACUCGCCGUCUGGUGCCAAGUCUGAAUCCAAAUCGGCGAGAUCCGCAAAGCCGGCGAGUAAAGGCGCUACCAGAUCGCGACCAAGUAACCCCGCGGACAUUGACGAACUGGUGCGUCAGAGUUCCAGAACCGGUGCUAGCAAGCAGGCGCAGGAGCUCGAGAAGUGCGAGGAAAUCCUCCAGAAGCUCAUCAGGUUCCGUUACAGCUGGCCGUUCAGAGAGCCGGUGUCGCCGGAGGAAGCCGAGGACUAUCUGGACAUCAUCAGCAACCCCAUGGACUUCAGCACCAUGCAGAACAAGUUCAAGUCGUCGGAGUACCGCAGCCCUCACGACUUCCUCGAGGACCUGAAGCUGGUGUUCACCAACGCAGAGGAGUACAAUCAGCUGGGCAGCAGCGUGCUCCAGUGCAUGAACCGCACCGAGCAGGCGUUCACCGAGCUCCUCCGCAGGAUCCUGCCCGGUCUGAGCUACCUGCGCCGCAAGACCCGAAAACGCAACGUCCCGCGGCAGGACCAGGACGAAGAGGAGGAGGAGGACGACGAAAACGAAGCGGAGGAGGAGGAGGAGGACGAGGCGAAAGAAGCCAAGAAAGCGCAGAACGGUAAGCGGGGCGUCGGCGGCAGGUCCAAGAGAAACGGCGGCGGCGGGAGCAGACGGCGCGGGCGAGAGGAGAGCGAAAGUGAGGAGGAGGAGGAGGACGAAGAGGACACGUCCAGGCGAAAGAGCAAACGAACGUCGGCCACGUCGAACCGCAAAGACUACCGGGAACAGGACAGCGACAGUGAGAGGGAGAACAGGAGAAAUGGAUUAAGGAAGUCGGCGAGGAGAGACGAGGAGGCGAACAGCGACGACGAAUCGGUCGGCCAGCGACAUUCCAAGAGACAAAAACGCUAAAAUCCAGGGUGCUUUUUUUUUUUUUUGGGUGUUUUUGUUCAAGUCGAUAAUUCUCCUUUCUUCCUUUUCUACCUCCCUCGUUUCCAAAAGGCGAAGCGGAUCCGCUCUCCGCAUCCUUCCGUGUCUGACCUCUCGAGCUGCCCCGUGUAGAUUUUUUUUCCUGAUUUAUUAUUGGGUGUUUUAUGUUUAUAUUGACAAACAUGAAAGAAACUGGUCUAUAUUUGUAAGUUGUUUAUUACUGGUGAACUUUUUUUUUAAAUUAAGAAUUUGAUCUCUGAUGAGAAUUUCUGUGAGCUCUUAAAAAAAAAAAAAAAAAAAGUCAUUAAAACUUUGGCCAAUAAUUUCUAAAAAAAAAAAAAAAAAAAAAAAAAAAAAAAAAUUUCUCUGUCUUUGGCAUUCGGGUUUAACGUCGCCCCGCGUACCGUUUUUUUAUUUUCCUGUCGGGAUGUGUCGGGUCCGCUAAAUAAACCCGGUUGCAGAAGUUCCAGGCAGGUCGGCUGUGACCCGAACAUCCUGUAGAACAUUCUAGAUCUUUUUAUAUACAUACAUAUAUAUAAAUUAUGCACUAGAACUGGAACUCCAGUCGUGCUCGUGUUAGCACUAUUUUCAUCUGGGCAACCAGCACCAAAAUAAAUUCCUAAUGUUUUGGUUUAUUUUUUUUCCAGAGUACAAGAACGUAAAUAAAGAAUUUGCUGUAGUUGAAA